ACGCGCAGGCCGCCGCGGGCCGCGGAGCCCAUGAGGGCGCGGGCCCUGCCGCCGCGUUCGCGGCGUCGCCGUCGUCCGAGAGCGUCCCGAGCCGGCGCGGGCAUGGCCGCGGCAUGAGUGCCGAGCCGCCGCCGGAGCCGGAGGACCAGGCGGCGUCGGAGCCCGCGGCGGGAGCCAUGCCGGAGAAGCGCCCGGGCGCGCAGACCGCCGGCGGCGUCUCGCUACAAGGCUUUGGCAGACCAAGUGUAUACCAUGCUGCUAUUGUCAUCUUCCUGGAAUUCUUUGCGUGGGGCUUGUUGACAACUCCAAUGUUAACUGUUCUACAUGAAACAUUUCCUCAACAUACAUUCCUUAUGAAUGGUCUCAUUCAAGGUGUAAAGGGCCUGCUGUCUUUUCUGAGUGCCCCCCUCAUAGGCGCUCUGUCUGAUGUGUGGGGCAGGAAACCCUUUCUCCUCGGCACCGUGUUCUUCACCUGCUUCCCAAUUCCACUGAUGAGAAUCAGCCCUUGGUGGUACUUUGCGAUGAUUUCUGUGUCUGGAGUCUUCUCGGUCACAUUCUCCGUGAUAUUUGCCUAUGUAGCUGAUGUCACUCAAGAACACGAGCGAAGUACUGCUUAUGGAUGGGUCUCGGCCACCUUUGCAGCCAGUCUGGUCAGCAGCCCGGCCAUUGGAGCAUACCUUUCAGCCAGUUACGGAGACAGCCUUGUUGUGCUGGUGGCCACAGUGGUGGCUCUUCUGGACAUCUGCUUCAUCUUACUGGCUGUUCCAGAAUCUCUGCCGGAGAAAAUGCGACCGCUUUCCUGGGGAGCUAAGAUUUCUUGGAAACAAGCUGACCCGUUUGCGUCACUGAAGAAGGUUGGAAAAGAUUCUACUGUCUUAUUAAUUUGCAUCACCGUAUUUCUUUCAUACCUUCCUGAGGCUGGACAGUAUUCAAGUUUUUUUCUCUAUCUUAGACAGGUCAUAGGUUUUGGAUCUGUCAAGAUUGCAGCAUUCAUAGCUAUGGUAGGCAUUCUGUCUAUUGUGGCUCAGACCGUCUUUCUUACCAUCUUGAUGAGAUCAUUAGGGAAUAAGAAUACUGUCCUCCUGGGCUUGGGCUUCCAGAUGUUCCAGUUAGCCUGGUAUGGUUUUGGAUCUCAGGCCUGGAUGAUGUGGGCCGCGGGGACGGUGGCCGCCAUGUCCAGCAUCACGUUUCCAGCGGUCAGCGCCCUUGUCUCUCGGAAUGCAGAGUCCGAUCAGCAAGGAGUUGCCCAGGGGAUCAUAACUGGAAUAAGAGGGCUGUGUAACGGCCUCGGCCCAGCACUGUACGGCUUCAUAUUCUACAUGUUCCACGUGGAACUGACUGAGUUGGAACCGGAACUGAGUUCUGACAAUGCUGCCCUGCAGGGAGCCGCCAUCCCAGGCCCCCCGUUCUUGUUUGGGGCGUGUAUAGUUCUUAUGUCCUUCCUGGUUGCCUUAUUCAUCCCUGAGUACCGCAAAGGCAGUGGAACCCAAAAACACAGCAACAGCAUCAGCGGCAGCCUGACGAGCCCCCCCGGGCAGGGCAGUGCCGAGGACGUCGAGCCACUGCUGCAAGACAGCAGCAUCUGGGAGCUCUCUUCCUUCGAGGAGGCUGGGAAUCAGUGCACGGAGCUGUGAACUCGGCAGAAGGGGGGACCGUGUGGACGCCGCCUCUGAGAGCCGCGGGAGCCACACCACACGGAGACUCCGUGGUGCCGGAGGGGCGAUGCUCGUGGCGUCCUCAGGGACGGGUCUGAGGAGUGACCCUCUCCGUCCCUCUGCCCCCCGCCCCACUUCUGUUCCUUUUCUUCUUUUUGUGGUAUAUUAGAGCAAGAUCUAAGUACUUUCCUGCAAAUUCUGCAAUCUUCAAAGUCAUCUGGAAUCCACACUUGGAAACUAAAUGAGAAAGAUUUCUUACCGUGGGGGGAUGGCUUUCCUUGGUAACUCUGGAGGCAGAACGUGCCAGUUCCUCUUUGCCCCUCUCAGCGGAAGGCGCGGGCUGGGGGUGGCCUGCCGUCUCCGGCAGGAUCCGAGCUACCAAGUCCCUGCUGGUUUCCUUCCUUCCUUCUCUCCCUCCUUCCUUCCUUCCUUCUCUCCCU